AAUCCCCCAGCUUCUGUAUAAAAGACUUCACGUGUUCAUGUUUGAAUAUAAAGAUUUGCUUUACCAUCCAUCUCUGGGCUCUUCAAACACUUAUUGGCGAGUUCAGUAAAUUUGCAAAUAAAAUGUUCAUCCGUGCCUGCCUAAUUUCUAGCUGUAUUCCUCUUUUUGUAGCUGUUUUAUUCUGCUUUGCUGACUCUUUAUAUGUAAGCCAGCAGGACUGUUGCAUUAGGUAUUCUUACCAAGAAAUAAAAGUACAGAACAUCAAAUGCUACACUAUACAAAAAUCAGAUGGGACUUGCAACAUUGAUGCAAUAAUAUUCCAUACAGUACAGCACAGGAAGAUCUGCGCCAAUCCAAAUGCUAGCAAAGUGAGAAAAACUGUAAAAGCCCUAACAAAUGCAAAACAAUGCCAAAUAAAAAAAAUGAAAAAGGAAAACCCAGACACAAAGUCAAAGAAGCAAAUAUAGCAUUCUCAUAUAUUCUUUUGGAUCAUUUUGACAUCUCCGAACCUGCUGUACUGCACGAUGAAGUUCUUAUUUUCUAUAUGCGAGCAAACUAAUUUGAAUGGACAUUUACUGUUGGUGAAUAAGGAAAGUCAAUACA